GACAAGGUUCUAGAUUUCUGCUCUAGCGGUUGGGGUCUGGGGUCUGCGGUCUGGGAGGACUUUGUGACCACAGGCGGGCACAGGAAGGAUCCGGGAAUGCAGGGACGCGGGCGGGACCACCCAGCACGGGACCAGAGGGGCUAUCUUGGAGCACUACUGAAAGAAACACUGAGUAAAUCCAACAUCAGGUUCACGCUGGGACCUCUAAGCACUUCCUUUGCUCUCCCCACAAACCGGCCAGGCUCCCGUUCACGGCAGACCUCAGGAUUGGCUGUUGCUUUCUUUGUCCAGGAGCCAGGAACGCCCUGUGCCCGAAGCUCUACUCUACCUGGUGAGCUCUCGCCUAACCUUCAAACCCAAGCCCUUUGUACCCCUCCUGGACAGAUCCCCGGGUGCAAGCCUCCACUCCAGGGCACUGGGGAAGAGGCUGGGACACUAUGGGAAGGGCAGGGUCAAGGUGGGACCUGAGGGCCCUUGGGACCAAUGCCACCUCCCUGGGGACCCCUCCCCACAUAGGUUAUGCGGCCAGGUGGCUGGAGACACUGGGCUCAGGGCCAGGCGCUGUCUGCUGGGACACCAGCGAUGCCGCUGUCUCCCUCUGAGUCACCUGGCCUCAGUUUCCUCAACCGCAGAAUACAGCUAACAACAGUGCCAGCCUCAGGCCUCACGUACGUCACCUGGCUGACACGUUGGUAACCCACGAUUGUCUCCUUUGUUAUCAACGAUGCCGUCUCCACUCCCCCCUCCUUCCAGCUGCUCUGACCCAUGGAUGCACUCGGCUGGACCAAGACCCGAUGGCCCUGGCAACAGUGUCUCCUCGGGCUGCUGCUGCAACUGUUUCUGGCUCUGUGCUUCUUCUCUUACCUGCGAGUGUCCCAAGACACGCCCUUGUGGUCCGCCAGGUCGGGGGCCGAUGCGGCAGAAGCUCUCGACGCGGCUCCCAACGGGUCCUCAGGGACGGUGUCCUCCCAGGGGGCGCCCUGCCCGACCCCCCCUGGGUCCUCUGCCCGCGCGCCCCUGGUGCUCCUGCUGUGGACAUGGCCAUUCAACCGCCCCGUGCCUCUGUCCCGCUGCUCGGAGCUGUGGCCGGGCACGGCCGACUGCCGGCUGACUGCGGACCGCAGCGCGUACCCUCAGGCGGACGCGGUGCUGGUGCAUCACCGCGAGGUCAGCUACGACCCGAGGAAGCAGCUCCCCACGUCCCCACGGCCGCCGGGCCAGCGCUGGGUCUGGUACAGCAUGGAAUCGCCCAGCCACUGCGCGCAACUGAAGGCCCUGGACGGAUACUUCAACCUCACCAUGUCCUACCGCAGAGACUCGGACAUCUUCACACCCUAUGGCUGGCUGGAGCCGUGGCCCGGCCAGCCGGCCUCCACGGUGGUCAACGUCUCGGCCAAGACGGAGCUGGUGGCCUGGGUGGUGUCCAACUGGAGGGAAGACUCAGCCAGGGUGCGUUAUUACCACCUGCUGAAAGCUCACGUCCAAGUGGACGUGUAUGGGCGCUCCCACAAGCCGCUGCCGGAGAAGGCCAUGGCCCAGCAGCUGUCCCGGUACAAGUUUUACCUGGCUUUCGAGAACUCCUUGCACCCCGACUACAUCACCGAGAAGCUGUGGCGGAACGCCCUAGAAGCCUGGGCCGUGCCCGUGGUGCUGGGCCCCAGCAGGAGUGACUACGAACAGUUCCUGCCCCCCGACGCCUUCAUCCACGUCCACGACUUCCAGAGCGCCGAGGAACUGGGCCGGUACCUGCAGGCGCUGGACAAGGACCACGCCCGCUACCUGAGCUACUUCCGCUGGAGGGAGACGCUGCGGCCUCGGUCAUUCAGUUGGGCCGUGAUGUUCUGCAAGGCCUGCUGGAGGCUGCAGCGGGACUCCACCUACCAGACUGUGCCCAGCAUAGCUGCCUGGUUCACGUGAGCUGGCCGGGCCGGGGCGGGGGUUGCC